AUGGCUAUCACAGAUGUUUUGGCGGCUUCUGAUAUUUGCACUGCCAUUAAUGCAUGUAAAGCAAAGGAUUAUUUCAGCCUAAAUAACUUUUUUGCAAUAGUGGGGUUGUCCAAAAAGUCUCCUUCUGAGAUAGAAAAGGUGUUAAAAAUGAGGAUCAUUGAGGAGGAUGAGCUACAGUUGAGUCAUUUGUUAAAUGUUCUGCAGAUUUUCUCAAAAGGUGCUUGUGCUCUUACGGCGGCUGAAACCAAAGCCUUUCUCAUGGCUAGAGAUAUAGAUGGAGGGAACACAGAUAAAAAUAAUUCUCUGCACUUGUUAACACUUCCUGAGAUGAGGGGAAAAUAA